GUGAUCGGUGGCAACGAGGACCCGCAGGGGGUGGUCCUGAAGGACCUGUCCCCCCCCCCGGUGGCGGUGGCCCUGCGGGUCUACCCCCGCGCCCCCCGCGCCAUGAGCGUCUGCCUGCGCCUGGAGCUCUACGGCUGCCCCUGGGAUGGUCAGUUGGGUCGCAACGACGGUGACGGCGCCUGGUGUCCCGCCGGCCCCGUGUUCCCGGACGAGGACGAGUUCCUGGAGGUGGACCUGGGCCACCUCCACCUGGUGACGUUGGUGGGGACGCAGGGACGGCACGCGGGCGGCCACGGCAAAGAGUUCGCCCGCACCUACCGCCUCCGCUACAGCCGCGACCGGCGCCGCUGGCUGCCAUGGCGAGACCGCUGGGGCACCGAGCCACCCCCCAAUGUCCCCGACCCGUCCCCAGGUGUCACAAGGGUGACCCGGCUGAGUGGGACAGGGUCCCCCCUGGUGUCCCCAUGGGUGACAGGAAUCCCCUCCCCUCACCCCCUCGCUGUCCCCAGGCUGCUCUUUGGGGGCCUGGGCCAGCUGGCGGACGGGGUUUUGGGGCUGGAUGAUUUCACGCGGAGCCGCGAGCGACGGCUGUGGCCAGGCUACGACUACGUGGGGUGGCGGCGGCCCCCCGGCCCCCAGCCCCGUCUGGAGCUCGAGUUCGAGUUUGAGCAGAUGCGGGUGUUCCGUGCCAUGCAGGUACCCCACGGCAUGCCGGCCCCCUGGGAGCCCAAGGCCGGGCAACCGGUGGCCAAAGCGGACCACAGCCACACGUCCAUCCUGAUUGGCUGCCUGGUGGCCAUCAUCCUCCUCCUAUUGGCCGUCAUCGUCCUCAUCCUCUGGCGGCAUCACUGGAGGAAGAUCCUGGGGAAGGCGCAGCGCCGACCCUCGGAGGAGGAGCUGCGGGUGCAGCUGUCGGUGCCGGGUGACACCGUGGUCAUCAACAACGCGACGGGGGUGGGCCGGGGGCCGCCGCGCUACGAGAGGAUCCCACCCGGCCCGGGGGAGUACCAGGAGCCCACCCGGCCCCCGCUGCCCCCCGUGCCCCCCGUGCCUGGUGAGGGGAGGGACUUCCUGCAGGAGGCACGCACCCUGGGCCGCCUGCGAGACCCCAACAUCGUGCGGCUCCUGGGGGUGUGCUCGGGGCCGGGGGGGCCCCUCUGCAUCAUCACCGAGUACAUGGAGCACGGCGACCUGCACCGCUUCCUGGGGGGGCCCUGCGGCCCCACCCUCAG